GCUUGGCGUCGUUGGCGAUAAGCAGGCAUGCAGCUGCCGGAAGAAAGCGCUAACUGUAAAUCGAAUACCGCAUGCCACUUACUUCUACAGUUAACCGCCUUCCAAGUUCCAACGUCAGUUGACAGUCGGUAUUACGUUCGAAAGUGCAGUUAACGGGAAGCUUUUCUAACAAGCAUUUGAUCAUGCUGCGAAACGGAUUAGGAUGCUUAUUCGUAGCGGGGGUUUUGGUAUCGGCAGGACUGGCGCUCAACUGUAAUCAAUGUACGGAUGGUUUUCUGAAGACCAGUAGAAUGCUGAGUGACUGCCUUCCCAGCACGGCCGUCAACGUCACGUGUCCAACGGGUACCGAAUACUGUUUGAAAACGGACGGUGCUUACAACUGGAGUUACUCCACACAGGCUAGCGGAGCCUCGGGAACGUCAUCAGGCGGUUCCUUUUACGAUUGCGGCACUCCUGCGUUGAUCCAGCUCCUGUUCGGCCGCAUCCCUCCGGCUAGUGACAACUACUGCGAUGACAACAUCAAAAUGUUUGGACAAGUGCUUGGUAGAACGCAAUGGUUUGGACUGAACGGAACUGUAUGCAUCUGCAAAGGUGUAACGUGCAACUCUGGAAAUACCAUCUCCGCUGGCGCUGUGAUGCUAACGAUCCCGCUUGUCGUGUUGAUGAUUUUCAUGAAAUAAUCGGGAGAACUGUUUUCAAUUAAUAUUUGGUCACUUUUCGAAUUCUGCACUACCGUCUACCGCAGUGGGUGGAUGCCAGAUGGAUUGUUCUUAGUAGCAACAGACGUCGGCGCUUUUUAUACUUCUAGUCAUGAUCAUGAAGCAAAACUGACGUGUAACUGUCGUGCAUGGACAUUAUCACAUCGGCAUUGUUAUUUGUAGUGCACAACAUUGCUUCCUCGAUAUUCUUUAGUUCAUACUUUUGCUUUGGAAAGCGCAAUGAACAGUAGGCAUGGGAA